AUGAAGAUCAUCACUGUUCUCUUUGUUUCUGCUCUUGUUCUCUUCCUCCAAAACUCAUCAGCUUCCUUGGACGAGGGGUGCAAGAGAUUGCACGCGGUGAAUCGCAACGAGAGCUACGAAUUCUGCGUCACGAGCCUUCAAGUCGAUCCCGACAGCCGCACCGCGAAUCUCUCGCAGCUCACGCUCAUCGCGUCGAAGCUAACGAAGAAGAACUACACUCACACGUUCGGCGUGAUACAACAACUGCUGGGGAACCAAAGCCUUUCGCAUUCGCAGAGAGAGGCCCUGGGGGCCUGCAACGAAACGUACAGCUCGGAGAUCGAGCACGCGGACAUUGCGAUCGUUGAUCUCGAAACCGGUGACCCCGAAGACGCGGUAGGUCUACUGCAGGCCGCCGCUAGAGCGCCAGGCAACUGCGAGAGUGCGUUUAGUGAUCGACAUGAGGCGUCUUUGAUUCCUGGAGAGGAUGCUUUAGCUUCUCUUAUCAGUGCUCUUGCGCGUGAUCUCGCUGUGUUGCUUAAUUAUAAAGGAUAA